AUUCGGUCCUGUUCGGGAAACCGGAAGUGUUUUUAGCUAGCACUGGUUGACGUGGAUUUGUCUGUGGUCCCGAAGGCCCGAAGAAGCGGGUCUCUUUCAAAUAGUAUCAUCACAUAUGCUUUAGAUGAGAAAAAGGACGGAUUUUGAGUUUUUCAGUGCGAAGGCGCCCGCUGCUGCGGAACCGCUGAAAUCCAUCAGCGUGGAGCGACGUUGGGAUAUCCGACAGCACACUGGAUAAUCAGGAUUAGCGUUGUGUCAUUACUAGUGCUGUCAUGGAGUCAGAAAGAAGGAGCAUGCUUUCAUUAUCUGGAUUUCUGUUUCCUCAUUUAUGGACUUCAGCACACUGGUUCUUGCUAUUUGUGUGUCUCUGGACCUUAGUUUCUGGCAGCAGCUAUAAACAAGGGGACCCUGUCAUUUUGUAUGUGAACAAAGUGGGGCCAUAUCACAACCCACAAGAAACAUAUCACUACUACAGACUGCCUGUCUGUCGACCGAAGGAAGUGCGUCACAAGUCUCUCAGCCUUGGGGAGGUUUUAGAUGGAGAUCGUAUGGCAGAGUCCCUCUAUGACAUUCGAUUUCGAGAGAAUGUGGAGAAAAAAAGUCUGUGUGAGUUGAAACUCACAGAGGCCGAGGUGGAGGAACUGAAAGAGGCAAUUGAAGAGCUGUAUUAUUUUGAAUUUGUUCUUGAUGAGAUCCCCAUUUGGGGCUUUGUGGGAUAUAUGGAAGAGAGUGGCUUCUUGCCACAUAGCCACAAGGUUGGCUUGUGGACGCAUCUGGAUUUCAACAUAGAAUACAAUAACAACCAUAUCAUUUUUGCCAAUGUCAGCGUUCGAGACAUGAAGCCUGUGUCCUUGGAUGAUGUGCCUGGUGGAACAUUGUCUGUUACACACACUUAUACAGUACACUGGUUUGAGAGCCCAUUAACUGUUGAGCGCCGGGGAGAACGGCUGCGUGAUUUCAGUUUCUUUCCAAAGACUCUGGAGAUCCAUUGGUUAUCUAUAAUUAAUUCUUUGGUUUUGGUGGUAUUGCUCCUUGGUUUUGUGGUCAUCAUUUUGAUGCGAGUGCUGAAGAAUGACUUUGCAAGGUAUAAUAUUGAAGAGGAGGCAGCAGAUGACCUGGAUCAGGCUGAUAAUGGCUGGAAAAUCAUACACACUGAUGUUUUCCGUUUUCCAAUGUGCAAAAGUCUGCUAUGCUCAGUCAUAGGUGUGGGGUCACAGUUUCUCACACUUGCCACAGGCAUUAUUGUAAUGGCACUUCUGGGAAUGUUCAACGUACAUCGACAUGGAGCCAUUAACUCUGCUGCCAUCUUGUUGUAUGCAUUGACGUGCUGUGUAGCCGGGUAUGUGUCAAGCAACUUCUAUAAGAAAAUUGGCGGUGACAGAUGGGUCUGGAAUAUCAUUCUCACCACGCUCCUCUUUUCAGCACCAUUCUUUUUGACGUGGAGUGUGGUGAACACAGUUCACUGGCUAAGUGGCUCUACACAAGCUCUCCCUGUUUCUACAGUUCUGCUUCUGUUGGCUGUUUGGGUGCUCGUUGGCUUUCCUUUAACUGUAAUUGGGGGAAUAUUUGGGAAGAACAGUGCUGGGUCCUUUGAUGCCCCAUGUCGAACCAGAAAUAUCGCCAGGCAAAUCCCAAGCCAGCCCUGGUACAAACAUAGCAUUGUGCACAUGACCAUUGGAGGAUUCCUACCCUUCAGUGCAAUUUCAGUUGAACUCUACUACAUCUUUGCCACAGUAUGGGGGCGAGAACAGUACACCCUGUAUGGAAUCCUGUUGGUGGUUUUUGCCAUCUUGCUGAGUGUUGGUGCUUGUAUCUCCAUUGCACUCACGUACUUCCAGCUGUCAGGUGAAGACUACCGCUGGUGGUGGCGUUCAAUAUUCAGCACUGGCUCCACAGGUGCCUUCAUAUUCCUGUACUCUGUCUUCUAUUACUUCCGCCGUUCCAACAUGUCAGGAGUUGUGCAGAGUGUCGAGUUCUUUGGGUACUCGCUACUCACUGCCUAUGUUUUCUCUCUGAUGCUAGGCACGGUGUCCUUCUUUAGCUCCCUCAAAUUCAUCAGGUACAUCUAUAUAAACCUGAAAAUGGACUAAUCGUGAAAGAUUUUGAAGAGCUCUUCAAAAUAAGGAAGCAAGUGUUUGUAAAAGGAGCACACUGAAUAUGUAGAAGCCAUCAGCAGGCUGUGACAGAAUGUAUCGUUUCCUUAUUCAUGGAUCUGGGAAUGUUAAUUUAAAAAAAAAAAAAAAAAAAAACACAACCUUUUAUAGAAUGGACUAGAUCAUGAUUUUGGAAGUGACAGAAAAUGUCAUAUCACUAUAAAUCUCUCACCUUCAGAGUAAUGAUACUUCCAACCAGAG